GGGGAACCCACCAAUCCGGCUCCACCGAGAGGCAGUCUCGGAAGGAAAGGCCAGAAGCGACGACCAUGUCGAUGAACAAGCUGCAGAUGCAGCUCAAGAAGAAGGAGAAGGAGCGCAAGGCCGCGGGGAAGAAGGGAUCGAUCGUGUCGUCGGAGACCAAGGCCAAGUCGGCCGCGGACGCCGAGGCCUACAUCUGCAGCGUAUGCCGCCAGUCGUUCUCGGUCACGAGCCGCCCGCCCGUCCUCGUCACGCACGCCGAGUCCCGCCACCCCAAACUGUCUCCAGAGCAGUGCUUCUCGUCGCUAGCAAACGUAGAAAAAGCCUAGUGCGCCAACUAUUUAGCGCUGCGAAUCCUCGACCGCCACGUCCAUAACACGAUAUAACGCUGGUCCGAGCUUUUAUUUUGUGAA